AUGGUCUUCCUCCUCGGCGUCAAUUUUCCGGAGCGAAACCUGUUGAAGAAAUCCCUUGAGUCCUUCUUCGGAAUUGGAAACAAUACAUCCUCCCGUCUCCUCGCCCGUUUCAACAUCCACCCAACUUGCCGCGUCGGCGAGCUAGCCAACAAGCAGGUCCUCGACUUGACCGCCGUGCUAUCCGAUAUGAAGAUUGAGAAUGAUUUGCGUCGGGAGGUUUUGAACGAUAUAAAGCGCUUAAAGGAGACGGGUACCUACCGUGGUCGUCGCCAUGCCCUGGGUCUGCCCGUGCGAGGACAACGAACGCGUACACAGAUCAAAACUCCUGUCCGGCUGAACCGCAUGGAGCGCCGUCUAUAA